AGCACAACUCGCAGUUGCGCAUACGGAUGUAUCAUAACCAGCUUGUCCGGGUGUGUCUGAACACCAAACGGAUCUGCUCUUCAAAAUUUUAGAUUUUACAAGCUUUCUAAUUGAAGACACUCCUGGGCCUCCUUCCUGCAGGUCCGGAUGGAGUUUCCUUGGCAGGAGCGCCCUCUGCUGGUCGGGAACGGUAGUGUAGCGUACGUGGACAACAGCAGCUGUUUCAGCAGCACUCAGAGCACUGUUCUGAAGGGCGUCAGCUUCGGGGGCGUGCCUGUGGUGCUGCUCAUCGACUUCACUGUCUUUCUGGUGCUGCUCCUCCUGUUCUCCGCCAUCAGGGGGAAGCUGUGGGACUAUGGCCGGCUGGCGCUCGUCUCCGACAGCGAAGGGUUCAAUGAGAUGUCCCACCGUCGCUACGGACGCACGCUGUCUAGUGGGGAGGAGUCUGAGCAUGAGAGGGGGUUCUGCUCCUGGCUGCCGUUCAUCAUCAGGAUGGACGAGGACAAGGUGAAGGCCAGGUGUGGUAUAGAUGCCGUUCACUACCUGUCCUUCCAGCGUCACCUGAUCAUCCUGAUGGUGCUCAUCACCAUCACCUCUGUGUCUGUCAUCCUGCCUGUCAACAUGUCUGGAGACCUGCUGGGAAAUGACCCCUACAGUUUUGGAAGGACAACUGUUGGUAAUCUCCAGAAAGGGAACAACCUGCUGUGGCUGCACACCGUGUUCGCAGUGCUCUACCUCAUCCUGACGGUGGCGCUGCUCAGGAGACACACCUCCCAGAUGAAGGGCAUGCGCAGAGAGACGGCCAGAACCACUCUGUUUGUGCGUCCCGUUCCUAAAGAAGCCAGCGACCAGGACAUCAAGACCCACUUCAGUGAGGCCUACCCCACAUGCCGUGUGGCUGAUGUGCACCUGAGCUACGACGUGGCCAAACUCAUGCACCUUGACAAGGAGAGGAAACGAGCAGAGAAGAACCUGCGUUACUACGAACGUGAGCUGGAGCGCCGGGGGAGGAGGGAGGUGAUCAACCCCCGCCUCUGUGGUCUGCUCUGCUGCUGCACCACCCGCCACUGUGAGGAGGUGGAUGCUAUAGACUUCUACAGCCAGCAGCAGGAGAGUCUCCAGGAGCAGGUGCAGACCCAGAGAGAGCUGGUCCCACAGCGCCCCCUAGGGAUGGCCUUCGUCACCCUGCAGUCUGAGGCCAUGGCCACAUACAUCCUGAGGGACUUCAACGCGCUGGCCUGUGGGGGCGGGGCCAGUGAGGGGUCAGUCAGGUGUGUGUGUGGAUGGGAGCCCCAACCGUCGUCCGUCAGCCCCGCCCUGAAGGUAAAGCAGUGGAGAGUGCAGUAUGCCCCGAACCCCAGGAACGUCUACUGCCUGCUCAGUCUGGCUGUGUUCUUCCGCUGGCUGUUUGAUAAGGAGUUCCUGUUAGACGGCAAGCUGAGGUUUGAGUGUGUGUUCCUACCUGACCAGGGGGCGUUCUUCGUCAAUUAUGUCAUCGCAGCCGGCCUGGUGGGCUCUGGCAUGGAGCUGCUCCGGUUGCCAGGGUUACUGCUAUACACCAUCCGCAUGAUGUUGGCCCGCUCCGCCGCCGAGAGGAAGUACGUCACCCAGAACCAGGCGUAUGAGUGUGAGUACGGCUCCAUGUACGGCUGGACUCUGUGUGUGUUCAGCGUCAUCAUGGCCUACAGCAUCAUCUGUCCUGUCAUCGUACCUUUUGGUCUGUUGUACCUGCUGCUGAGACACCUGGUGGAUAAACACAACCUUUACUAUGCCUUCCUACCUGCUCGCCUGGACCGGCAGGUGCACCUGGGAGCUGUCAAUCAAGCCCUGGCCGCACCCAUCAUCUGCCUCAUCUGGCUGUACUUCUUCUCUGUCCUCCGGACAGGUUUCAUGGCUGACACCUCUCUCUUCACUCUGGUGGUCAUGUGCAUCACCAUCUUCAUCUGCAUCGGCUACACCUGCUUUGGACACUUCAAAUACCUCAGCCCACACAACUACGUGGUAAAGGAGGAGGAGGAUGCUGAAGGACUGCAGGAGAACAGCAUGCCCUACCUUCCCAGAGUUCUUUACAACACGCCCGCCGCAUCACCAGAGGGGGGGAGAUCCUACCCAUCGUAUGGCUCGACCGAAGGAAGCCCCGCCCACACCAGCCCAUUGGACGACAAUCCCCUGGAGUCUUAGAGGAUUGGUUCUUCUGAACCAGCCAGGCCCACGCAGCCAAUCUGAAACACACCCCAACAUCUCCAACUGUAGGAAACACUGGGAACCAAUCAGCAGGCCACAAUCCACACCUCACCCUAGCUAGCCACCCUCCAGCCCCCCUCACCCUAGCUAGCCACCCUCCAGCCCCCCUCACCCUAGCUAGCCUUCCUCCAGCCCUCUUCCAGAAACCUUAGCAUAAUAAAGCAAACAGAAAUGUAGGUGCCUUAGCCAUAGAUCAAUCAUGCAGUAUUGACAUAUCUAUUAUCUCAUAUGCUUUUACCAGGUCUCACUGCCGACUCUUUCUUUGCCUCAAGUGCCCUCUUAAACUACUGGUAUGCCCAAAGACCUUCAGAGAUAACUGUCCAAACCUGGACGACCUUCUGACCUCUGGAGACCCAGAGACCGGGACACACUGGUGGUCAUGGUUACUGCAGCACCACUGGUGUUCAUGGUUACUGCAGCACAACAAACCUUCAUGAAGAACUGCACAUUCCUGUUUGUACUGUACAGUCUAGUCAUGCUCAGAGGGAGAUUUCUUACCAACAGAUGGCAGGAUUGUACCAUGGAUGUUUGUAUGUUUUAUAGAACCGCUGCUCUAAGACUUUCAAAGGUAAUACUUUACCACAAGUAUUGAAAUGUCUUGAGUCAGGGCUAUUGCAAGGCGAGUUCAUGUAUUUACAUGUUAAUGCGAGGAUACAUUUGUUUAACUGUUUUUCAUAAUGAUGGGUCAAAACAUUUUUUUAAGUGCUUUCCAAAGUGGUUGUGCUAAAUUAAAUUCUAGUGUGGACAGUUAUUUUUGCAACGUUUGUUUAAAUGUUGAUCUGUCCAACAGAUAAAGUUGAAUAUUUAUAUAUGUAACUAUGGGAAGUGGAACUAAACUUUUAUACUUUUCAUGUUUUUCCUUUAUGAAGUUUAAUUUUUAAACUAAUUUUAAAUCAGUUUCAAUUUGCUGGAAUAGUUGUUCAGGCUGACAGACCAUGGCAGUGGACAGGCCUGCAGAUGAACCGCUAGUGCUGUUGUCCUCUUCUCAUGUUGCUAAUAAAGAUUUGAGAUUGAUUUGGAAUUAGUCCUCAA